AUGAUUGGAGCUCUAUUGAUCCAUGAGAUUGAGUUGUGUGGAUCAAGGGUGAGUGAGGUGUCGGGGUACGUGAACUCGAAUGUGACAGUGGACCCUUGGUGCAGAGGAGGUGACACUCGGCAUCGAACUUACAAUCAUCGAUUCUCAUCUUCCACCUCCGCCUCUCCCAACGCAUUUUCCAGCCCCCAUAUCAUAGACAGGUAUCGGAGCUGGACGGAAGGAGUGGUGGGGAAGUACGGGCAAGGUCCGGAGGACGCCGAGCCUUGCAUCCGUGCCCCCUUCUCCCACCCGCCUCGACGAUCCGGGACCGGUGGAAGCGUCCCGGGGGAUUCCCCAAGGCCCGGUGGAACUGGUCUCGGGAGUGAGGAUGAGGAGGAUCGUACGCAUCCGCCGCCAUCAGGGACCUCCCCUCCCCUCUCACCUGCCUCGCCCAAGAGCAAAUCCUCCAUCUCCAGAUCUCCCUCACCAGCCAGUCGAAAUGGGAGUGGUUCAGGCAGACUUGCUUCGGCGGUCCAAAGUGUGGUCUCUCAUUACCAUGCACAUUCCUAUGGAGAGGUAGAGGACCGACGGCCACUGUCUAUAUGCAUCCGAAAUCUCCCUGCUCGCUCGACUGAUGGGAGUGUGAAGGAUGGCUUGUAUCAUGAGUACAAGAAAUAUGGGAAGGUUAUGGCUGUGAGGAUACUUGGGAAAGGAAAUGACCGCUAUGCUGUCGUCUCCUUCCAAAAACCUCAAGAUGUUGAGGAAGCUGUGGCAGAUUCCCAAGAUAAGCUCUUCUUUGGCUGCAAGAUUGAAGUUUGCCAAUAUGAUGGACCAGUGGAUGGGCAGGAAGUAGAUGAGUACAACUCUCGGGCAACCAGGACUCUCUUCAUUGGGAACCUAAGCAAAGACACAACAGCUGAGAAACUCAGGAAGCAUCUCAACCAAUUUGGAGAAAUCAUCGAAAUUGAGAUAAAGAAGCAAGGUCCGACAGCAUAUGCAUUUGUGCAAUUCACGGAUGUGGGGAGUGUGGUGAAGGCAAUUCGUGCCCUGGAUAACAAGUAUGUAGGAUCAAGCAAGGUGAAGAUGGGUUUUGGUCGCUCCACCCCUUCCAACUGCGUCUGGAUUGAUGGGGUUGCUGAGGCCAUCACUGAGAAUUACCUCUACCGUCAAAUGCAGAACUUUGGCCCAGUCCAGUCCAUGGUGAUUGACAGGGAGAGAGGCCAGGGACUUAUCUUCUUUGAAACUGUGAAUGGGGCCCAGUCUGCCAUCACUGAAAUGAGAGGGCGAAUGCUGGGUGGAAAAAAGCUCCAGCUGGAUUUUGCAUCUCGGGAGUGUCGUGAGGCUUUCUUUGACCAAGCGGAGAAAGGAGGAUUUCUCACAGAAUGGCCACCCUCACGCUCAUGGUAUUCUCGGAGCACUGGAAUCUAUGAUGCACGUUCUCGGCAUUGGAAUGGAACAACGUACAGUGUUAUUAAUGGACGCAGGAGUUCCUAUUAUGAUUCCUGUUCUGACAGACGGCCAAAUCGGACUGCUGAUGAUAUUGGAGGAGAUUAUGAGCAAGACCUCAGAGAGUAUGGUUAUCUGAGAGAUCGGGACAGGGAUAGAGAUCGUGACCGUGAUCGAGAUAGGGUGAGGAGGGAUCUAAGCUCCUCGCCUGUGAGCACGGGAUCUCCACGACAUAAACCUCACUCCCAUUCACAUCAUCACCACCAUCACCAUCAUACUCCCUUGUCUCACCAUCACUCACAUCAUCAUCAAACAUCCCUGCCUUCAUCCACACCUCCAAUGAAGUCACUGUCAACCCACAAUGGGCCAAGUGAGCCAGGAACACCCUUGACUGACAUGGAUUCAACUCUGAAUGGAGAUAGUUCUCAAGGCCCAACCUUGAAAGUUGACAGUGUGCUGGUGAAUUCAGUUUUCAACAAGGUGCCAAGUGUACCCGAGGUCACACCGGUUGGGGUGGGGAAUGAGACAUCCCAGUCACAAUCAGAAGACUCUCGACCUGGGACACCCCUCUGUGAUGAAUUGGGUGAGGAUCAGCAGACACAACCCAUGAUCCCUAACGAGCCUAGGCGUGUCUGGUCUCGGUCAGACCGGGAUCGUGCCACAGACAGCCCAUUAUCUUUGCCGUUGCCUCUCUUUGCCCACACACUCACAACACCCUUAUCGGUCUCAACGGGGAAGGCCUUGGCAUUGAGUGGAGGUACAUCAUCCCCUAAGUCUCCUGGUCAGGCACUGGCACGGACAGAUAUUGGAGCCCUGUGUCACAAGCCUCGCAUUUUGGACCUAUCGGAACUGCGAACACAUCCGUCUCCCAUUGUCCAGUCACUCCUCUCUCGAAGUUCUGUGUUUGACCUGGACUCCAAGCGUCUGGAGAGUUCUGUUGUUAGUGGUGCUAGUGGAAAAGAUGAGCAAGUGCAUUCAAGUGGCAGUGGCCAUGGGGCAUUUGCUGUGGGUGGAUCUUUUGGGAUUCCUAGGCCUGGGACUGUAAGUGGGACAUCUCAUUCAGAGCCGACCACACCUGCCACGCCGGUGAGAACAGUUGAUCGGACACGACUCCUUGCUCUGGGUCGAAUCAAGCCCAAAGAGAGUGGUGGUGGGGGAAGUACAAGUACAACUACAGGAGGGGGUACAUCUGUGACUGUUACUACUGCCACCAACAUUGCCAUGCCUGUGACAACCAUCACAAUGGUCACUAGCACAACUAGUACUACUGUGACCUGCGGGACCCCUCAGUCAGCCCCACCCACUUUGGGAAGCUCAGGUGGUCUUGUUCCAUCAUGGCCCUCUCCAACCACUCCUCAGCCUCCCCCCCUUACCCCCUUAUCUCCCCGAGUGACAGUCAAAAAGGUGACACCUCCAUCACACAGUCCUGGCUCUUCGUCGUCGUCACAACGUCGUGAGCCUGUGGGCUCCCCGUCCGUGACGACUGCAACCCCAAUCACUCCUGUGAUAAAAGUCCCGAAGCCAAACCCAGCUGUGGCCAACUGGGUCCUCUCCCUCCCCACUCCGAGUUCCAGCUCUCUCCCGGCUUCUUCAUCCCCGUCGGCCAAAGAGUCUGUGAUACAAUCCAAGGACUUGUUCAGGGAGCAGCCGCCACCGCAGCAGCAGCAGCAGCUGCCACCGCCGCCGCUGCCACCACAACUGCAGCAGCAGCAGCAGCUGCCGCCACCGCCCAGUUGUGUGGGGAAGAAGCCCGGAGUUGGGGAACAGCAUCAGCGAGUACCUGACCCUCAUCUACACUCCCACCCCCAACCCCACCCACAGAAACUAUGGCCCCUCGAAGCUAGUCAAAGUGGCACCUCUCAUAGCACCAAAGAUAAGUGUUCGAUUGUGAAAGAGACAGUUGUGUGUCCAAAGGAGCGCGUGCAACCAAUUCAAAUUGAACCUCUGGAGCAUGAGCUGAGUGGAAGUACAACUGUGAGCGUGAUUGCAAGUGCAAAUGUGAGUACAAGUGUGAGUGUGACCCAGGCUGGGGAGAAGGAACGAGAGCGGGAGCGAGAGACCAAGCGGGAACGAUUUUUCUCGGGGGAAGCUAAGAAAGAGAAGGAGAAAGAGAAAGAAAAGGAGAAGGAGAGGGACAAGGACAAAGACAAAGAGAAGGAGAAGGAGAGGGACAAGGAAAAGGAAAAGGAAAAGGAAAGAAUCAAGAAGAAAAUUGAAAAAAGAAAAGAGGAGAGGAAGAAGGAGAAGAGCAGCAAGGAGAAAGAACACAGAGAGAAGGUGAAAGAAGAGCAUGGGAAAGUGAAGGAAGACCGAGAUAAGAACAAAGAAGAGCAUGCUAGAGUGAAGGAAGACCGAGACAAAAACAAGGAAGAUCACGUGAGAGUGAAAGAAGACCGAGACAAAAACAAGGAAGAUCACGUGAGAGUGAAAGAAGACCGAGACAAAAACAAGGAAGAUCACGUGAGAGUGAAAGAAGACCGAGACAAAAACAAGGAAGAUCAUGUGAGAGUGAAAGAAGACCGAGACAAAAACAAGGAAGAUCACGUGAGAGUGAAAGAAGACCGUGACAAAAACAAGGAAGAUCACAUGAGAGUGAAGGAAGAUCAUGUGAGAGUGAAGGACGACCGAGAGAAGAGCAAGGAAGAUCAUGUGAGAGUGAAGGAAGAUCACAUGAGAGUCAAGGAAGAUCGAGAGAAGAACAAGGAAGAUCAUGUGAGAAUCAAAGAAGACAGAGACAAGAACAAGGAAGAUCACAUGAGACUGAAGGAAGAUCGAGAGAAGAACAAGGAAGAUCAUGUGAGAAUCAAAGAAGACAGAGACAAGAACAAGGAAGAUCACAUGAGACUGAAGGAAGACCGAGAGAAGAACAAGGAAGAUCAUGUGAGAGUGAAAGAAGACCGAGACAAGAACAAGGAAGAUCACAUGAGAGUGAAGGAAGACCGAGACAAGAACAAGGAAGAUCAUGUGAGACUGAAGGAAGACCGAGAGAAGAGUCGAGAUGACCAUGGGAAGGGGAAAGAGCGAAACAGGGAAGAUCGGGAAAAGGAAAAGAUGAAGGAAAAGAAGUCAAAGGAGGAGAGGUACAAUAAAGACAAGGUCAAAGGAGAGCGUGAGAAGAAAAAGUCAGGAAGUGAUGAGGAAAAGAAGAGGAAAAAGAAAGCUGAGAAGAAGAAGGCAAGUGAUGACUCUGAAGAUGAUUCCAAGAGUACUUGCUCAAAGAGGAGCAGUGGGAGGGGGAAAAAGAGGAAACGUUCCAAGGUGACAACUGAUGAUUCCAGUGAUGAGGACUAUGAACCUGAACCCCCAAAGAAGCAUUCCAUCUUUGAUAUAAUUGUGGAUGAGAAUGAGCCUGUCUAUUUUUCCAUGUAUGACAAAGUAAAGAGGCGCUCCUGCAAGAAUAUGCAGAAGCAUGAAGAGGAGAAGCGCCAAGAGCAGCUGAAGGAAAAAUUCUCCCGGCUGAAGCAGAGUCGAGCUAAACGUCAUCAUUCCAAGACUUGGAGUGAUGAAUCUGAUAGCUCUUCUGACAAUGAUCCCGAUUCUCAGAGCCAAAGUCAUUCUAGGAAACGGAAGCGGAAGUUAGUUAUCCAGAGCAGUGAUGAAGAUGAAGAUGACAUGGAAGAGAGGGAGGAGAACAGGACAAAGUUAUUGAAGGGAAGUGAUAAGAAGAGGAGUCCAAAGUUGCAUGCUCAUCCAGAAGAAGAGAGAAAAAAGAAGUUAAGGACUUCAGAUAUUUACACUGACAGUGAAGAAGAAUCUAUGGAAAUGAGGAAGGAAGAAGGAAGGCUGAGCAGAGGGAAGAGGAUGAGUGAAGAAGAAUCUAUGGAAAUGAGGAAGGAGGAAGGAAGGCUGAGUAGAGGAAAGAGGAUGAGCGAAGAAGAAUCUAUGGAAAUAAGGAAAGAAGAAGGAAGGCUCAGCAGAGGGAAGAGGAUGAGUGAAGAAGAAUCUAUGGAAAUGAGGAAGGAAGAAGGAAGGCUGAGUAGAGGAAAGAGGAUGAGCGAAGAAGAAUCAAUGGAAAUGAGGAAGGAAGAAGGAAAGCUGAGCAGAGGGAAGAGGAUGAGUGAAGAAGAAUCUAUGGAAAUGAGGAAGGAAGAAGGAAAGCUGAGCAGAGGGAAGAGGAUGAGUGAAGAAGAACCAGUGGAAAUGAGAAAGGAAGAAGGAAAGCUGAGCAGAGGGAAAAGGAUGAGUGAAGAAGAACCAGUGGAAAUGAAGAAAGAAGAGGGAAAGCUGAGCAGAGGGAAAAGGAUGAGUGAAGAAGAAUCAGUGGAAAUGAGGAAGGAGGAAGGAAAACUGAGCAGAGGGAAGAGGAUGAGUGAAGAAGAACCAGUGGAAAUGAGGAAGGAAGAGGGAAAGCUGAGCCGAGGGAAGAGGAUGAGUGAAGAAGAAUCAGUGGAAAUGAGGAAGGAAGAGGGAAAGCUGAACAGAGGGAAAAGGAUGAGUGAAGAAGAACCAGUGGAAAUGAGAAAGGAAGAAGGAAAACUGAGCAGAGGUAAAAGGAUGAGUGAAGAAGAAUCAGUGGAAAUGAGGAAGGAAGAAGGAAAGCUGAGCAAAGGAAAGAGGUUGAAGACUCCUGAAAGAAGAGAGGAGGAAUCAGGGAGAAAACAGCGUCCUUCAAAGACCUUGGAGAGGAAGAAGUCUUCAACUGGAGAAGAGGAAAAACCAAGGAACAGAUCAAAGAAAGAUUCUGCCUUGGAGGAGAUCUUUGGUCCCAUGUCAGAUGAAGAGGAGGCCAAGCUGGAAGCAUCCUUGAUGGAAAAAGAGAAAGAGAAGGAGAAGGAAAAGGAGAAAGAGAGGGAUGAAAAGAAGGAAAGGGAGGUUGAAAGAGACAAAGAUCAUAAUAUAAAGCAGAGGCAAAAGAGUGGAAGUGGAGGUGAGAGAAAGAAGGAGGAAGAGUCAAAUCGCAAGCUACUCAAUGAUCUAGUGCAUGACAUGGAACAUGGUCGGAAAGGUGAAACUCCAACUGAGAACAUAUUUGAUGUCUUCCAGGGUACAGAAUUUGAUACAGCUGUUAGUGCUGAGAAGUCCAAGAAGGAGAAGAAGAAGAAAAAGAAAAACAAAGACCGAGGGGACAAGCGACACCAUAGAACCCUCUCCAAGGAAGAAUCUGGAGAUUCACUGACAAGAGAGGCUCCAUUGGAGGUUAAAUAUGAUUUAGAUCACCCUGAGAAGAGGAGCAAACAUGAUGAUCUGGAAGAGAAGGAGAUGAGACCUUCUCUUUCCUCACCCCCAGCUCAGCAACCAACACCUUUCCUGCCACCUUGUUCCCUUGUCAUUCCAUCUGAAAUGAAAGAGAAGGAGGAGCUGGUGGAGGUGAAGUCAGAACCUGUGGAAGAAAUGGAUGUUGUCAAAAAAGAUGGUGAGAAAGAAGGGAAACCAAGGACCAUGGUAUCUCAAGAAGAGACUGAGGAUGCUGUUGCUGCCAUCUUGGGAGAGACUUUUACCCCAUAUCCAUAUGAAGAACCUUCUCUACCUGUGGUUGAGGAUGCCCAGGCCCCUGCAGUGAAUCAUGACACUGUGGCUGAUGAUGAAGCUGAGAAAGCAGUUGCCAGCUUGGAAUGGGAUGGCGUUGAAGGGAAGAGGCCUGAUUUUGAAGAGAUUCCACCUCGUGCAGCUGAACAGCCUCCAAACUCAAUGGUAAAGGCACCCAAGGAGGAAGGACUGGAGCAAAUGACCGUGGAUGUCCCUCCAGAUACGGUUUCCAAAGACUUGGAAUUGCCUCCUAGAGAUAAGUCUCUUCUUCAGCCUGAAGUUAAAGUGGAGACUGAGAAGAAGAAGGAAGAAAAAGUUCAUGCAGAUGUAGAAUUCCCUGAGUCACCAGAUACACCAGACAGCCCUUCUGAGCCCCGACUAGAGAUUGAUGAGCAGAAGACCAUUGAUGCUAAUGAUGGAGAUUAUGGUCUUGAUGGUGAUCGUGAAAACUUUGUGAUAGGCAUUAAAGACAAAGAAAGGGAGCGAGAGAAAAGUCGUGGUCGUGGUGGACGCCGCCGGGGAGGACGAGGGGGUCGUCGUGGGGGUCGUGGGCGUAGUUCAUCUUCAUUCUCAUCUCCUCCCCCUGUUGCAGCUCCUCUUGCUCCUGCCUCCACGAGAGCACUCAAUGCCCGAAGGGGAAAGUCAGGGAAAGAGAAUGCUUAUGACAUCUUUGAAUUCCACGAGUCAGAUGAAGAGGAAAAGCCUGGGAAUCGAGAGUCACCUAUCAUCAUGUCUCCAACUAUCACCUCACCCCCUACUGCUAUUUCCAGUCCAGCUAUUGCUACUGGUGCUCCCACACCUGUGGUUGUCACUUCUCUCCCAGUUGUGGUGACCACACCUGUUGUGACUACCAUUAACACCAUUAUGAAAGGAGUCGCACCAGUUGCACCUGAACCCACACCAGGAACCACACCUGGGGGUAGUUCACCUCGGAAGUCUCGAAGGAUCCAAGAGCGAGAGGGAAGAUCCACAGUGGAUGACAUCAUUGAAGAUGUUGUGCGAGGAAACAUCUCAGAAGAGACUGUUCUUACCCUUGGAGGUUAUGGAAGGUCAGGCAUCCAAAAGAGGUGUGAAGGGGUCCUUUCACCAGCUGAAAAGAAGGAAGAGUUGACAGUGACCAUCACCCCAGCCUCAGCUUCACAGGUGAAACAUGAGGAGCCAACAUCUCUUAUUGAUCCUGAGACAGGAAUACUUAUUCCAAUGAAGGAGGCUGAAGAAGGUCAGUACAUCCCAGUAGCAAGUUCCUCCGCAGCACCCCCAUCAUCUUCUUUGGCCCCAGUCAUCACCCAUACAAGGAGUCACAUGACAGCAUCCAGUGUAGGAGCCACAUUGACUGUGAGACCAACACCUCAAGUAGUGACUUCUGCUCCAGCUCGACCAGCAUCUGGAGUGGGUCCCAUCCACUUGGCUCAUCCUCUCUCUAUCCACACUGAACCUCCCUCUCGGGCUGGAGUUUUGUCACCUCGGGUGGAGGAAGUGAAAGAGAAGACAGGUCACAUCCAGGUCCAUCCAGUGACAUCCACAUCUGCUGAACACCUGAAUCCUCCAUCAACUCGACACUGGCUGCCGAGUGGACCAGGACCAGGAGUAUAUGGAGGGGGGAGUGCAGGCAUUUCUCCAAAUUAUCCCACCCAGACAUCCCCUCACCUUCAUGCACCACCUCUGCACCCUCAUCCUCAUGUACAUUCACAUCCGCAAGCAUUUCCUCAUCAUCCUCCAGCUGUAGCACCCACCACAUUGUCUUCAAUGGUUCCUGCUCCUCGUGGCCCUCCCUCCAAGCCCAUGGACGGAGUGGAAGAUGCAGCAAUGCCCCUGGAUCUCCACCGAAAUCCAGAUCAGCCUGCAUUAUCUCAGGCUGAAUCAAAGCCCUGUGGAGUUACCUCCUCUGCUCAUCCUUCCAUUGCACCUCCUUAUGAUGCACAGCUUGGUGACAUGAUGCGCAUGGGUCUCCUGCCCCCUGGUGCCCCAAGGCACACCCCAAGCCCUGGAUCAGCUCCAACCCUGGGACCAGGAGAGGUUCUCAUUCCGCCACCGCCACACCCGCCACAUCCGUGGUAUCCUCAGUACCUGAGGGAUGCACGCAUCCCAUACCCUGCUCCUUUGGGACAUCAUACUCCUCCUGGUGGGAUUACACUUAGAGGAGGAGAUAAGGAAGUGGAGAAGCACUUGGAAUCAUCAGUAUCCCCAGAUCGAACAACUGACUCCCCAGUGGCUGCCAAUCUUUAUCAUGCUCAUCGGAGACCAUUACCUGGACCUCAUCCUCAACCUCAUGCUCAUCCACUUCCACAUCCUCAUCCUCAUCCUCAUGCCCUCAUCCCUGCCACUCCUGCCCCUCCUCAACCACAAACACCUCCCCAUGCAUCUCAGGUUCCCCCUCAGGCUGACUCCUUGCUCAUGCUCCUCAAGCGCUACCCCAUCAUGUGGCAGGGACUCUUGGCUUUGAAGAAUGACCAGGCUGCAGUGCAGAUCCACUUUGUUAGUGGAAAUGCUGAUGUGGCUCGUAACUCUCUCCCGGUGAAUGCAGAUGGAUCCACACCCCCAUUGCGCAUCUCUCAGCGCAUGCGGCUCGAACAGUCGCAGCUGGAUGGUGUGAUGCGCAAGAUCCAGAUGCCUAAUGAACACUGUAUGCUCCUUGCACUCCCCUGCGGGCACGAUCAUAUGGAUGUCCUCCAGCAGAGCAACAACCUCACACAGGGUUUCAUCUCAUACCUCCAGUUGAAACAAGUUGCUGGAAUCAUCAAUAUGCCAGGCCCUGGUUCCCAUCAGCACGCAUAUGUGAUGCACAUCUUCCCAUCGUGUCCUUUCGCCAAGGAAAAUCUGGCUCGAAUUGCUCCUGAUCUCUUGCACAGCGUGUCCGACAUUGCGCACUUGCUCAUCGUCAUCGCGACGGUGGCCACCAUCUGAUCUCGCCCGUGGACACUUCGACGGUAUUGACACUCCCCGACAAGAUAUUUGUACAAUGAAGAAGCCUGGGUAUGUGUGUGUGUGUGUGUGUGUUAGCGUGAGAAUCGUGCUUGCGUGAAAGAGAUGAGAAAUCGUCUGGCUGAUUUUUUUUUCCUGUUUUCUCCUAUGAAGAAAGGGAGAACUUAAUUCAAGAGAGUGCGAAACACGAGAAUUAAAAAAUACCUCUUGAAAAAAUAAUGGUGUGGAGCAGAGGGAAGAAGAUGGUAUCCAUUUCUCUGCCCACUUUGAUGGGGGAGGAAGGGUGUUUUUUGCUCAAGCCAACUUGUUGUCUCCUUGUUGUUGCCAUUUUUUCCUUCUUUGUCUCUCUCUUUUUCUCUCUCUUUCCCUUGUUCUCUGUCUCACUGUUUCUUGAUCCAUUCCUUAAAAGGAGGAAGAAGAAGAAAAGAGAAAGUUGACUGUGAUCUUGUAUCAUUGCUGUUGGAUAAGUGUCGUGCGUGUCUCUUGCCAUCCUUCUCUGCCCGGGAGGGAUGGGAAGAGCCGAAAGUAGCCCAGAACGGCUCCAUGAACUGUGUGUGAAUGCAUGUCCAUGCUGAAAGAGAAUUCCAGAUUCGAGUUUAUUUGACUAUCAGACGAAAGUAAAGAAAGAUUGAGCCCCGAGCACACACUCUCUCUCCUGUGUUUUAUUUCUACUUCCUGGGCUGUUCCAAGCCUUGCUGGUGCCUUUGUGCCUGAUGGAAGAUUCCAACGGAUCACUUUCUCGGCGGUCUGAGUGUAACUAGAUGC